AAAAUAAAAAUAAAAAUAAAAUAACUCGGUACCGAGUAUAUUAAAACGAAAAACACUGAAAAGACAUAAAUACCCUCGACAAGUUUCUGCGAAGUAAGGAGAGAAAUACGGUGUGAAACUUGUGAAAGCCGACCAGCCAUAGCUGUUCUGUCCAUGGGUUGUCAUCCUAACCCCUUCUUUACCUCCCUUUCCGCGAACCUCUCUUCAUUUCAUUCAUUCCUUCACCAAUCACCACUAUAUAAUCUCCUUUUCCUUCCACAAUACUUUCCAAUUACAAUACUUCUCUAAUCUCCCCUCUUUCUAUCGACUAACCACUUAAAUUAAAACCAAUCAAUUUGUCCGAGGAUGGCGGGGUUUCAAGUAAAAGCAUCCACAUCAUCGGACCAGUUCGAAGACCACUUACCGGUAAUGGCGGAUAAGCUCGGCGGGGAAGGACUGAUUGCGGAGCUAUGCAACGGGUUCGAGCUAUUAAUGGAUAAAGAAAAAGGGGUGAUCACAUUUGAAAGCUUAAGGAAUAACUCUGCUUUGUUGGGGUUAGACAAUAUGACAGAUGAUGAGUUGAUUAGUAUGAUGUUAGAAGGUGAUUUAGAUGGUGAUGGUGCUCUUAAUCAGAUGGAAUUUUGUGUAUUAAUGUUUAGAUUAAGUCCUGAUUUGAUGUCUGAUUCUGAAUAUUGGCUUCAACAAUCUCUAAUUCAAGAGGUUAAUUUUAGAUUUUGAGAGAUUAUAUAACAAAUUAUUGAUUGGAAGAGAUUAAUUUGGAGUAUUUUUUUGUGA